AUGCAAUUUUCUGCCACGCCUCAUCUCGUCAAGCAAUUGAAAAUCAGUGACUCCAUAUACGGUGAGUCUGAAAAUCGGGAAAAUUUUUUUUUUGGUUUUUCUGGAAUGGUUCUUUGUGGAACGGUCAUAGAAUACAAUCAAUAAAAGCUUCAAAAUACUCCGCGACACUUGGAGCCAUUCUAAAUGCGACCAUAGCUUGGAAUGGCUUGUAGCGCCACGGCUGUUUUGCAUCCGACUUGAAACGAUUUGCGCUUGAUUGCAUCAGAAAGCAUUAACAGUGACACUCUUCACUAUUCCAAAAGGUCUCAAGUCGGGAAAAUGAACUAUUUCGCUUUAUUUUGAGUCAAAAUCUCAGAAUUAUAUGACCAAAUUUAUCCUAGGCUACUACCAAACCCUAUUCGGAGUCCUACAAAUCGUCGGAGGUCCCUUUUUCGGCUACAUUAUCCAAAGGUCCGGAAUCAGAAUGGGACUUCAUGUCUGUUAUAUCUCGACAAUGCUCUCAGGCCUAGGAUUGUACUUCAGUACUGUGAGUCCUAGUUUUAUUAAUGAAGAAACAUGGAUUUUUAGGACUUCACAACAUUGGCCAUAUCUAGGAUACCAGUGCUUUUCAUGCACGGCCAGCAAGGCCAUCAAACCUUGCUUUCUUUAUUGACGGAGCCAGGAAAGGAGAGGACUACGGCUUUCGGAAGGAUGGGGCUCACUUUUGGUUAGUUUUGAAAAGAAAAAAAAGCAGAAUGCAGCCGAUUUUUACGACCUGUUAGGAAAUUCCUAGUGAAAUUUUAAGGUUUAGUGGGACUAUUUAUAGCCAAAAAUUAGUUAGAAAAGUUUUCAAGCUGAAAAACUGAGCAAAACAGGCUAUAGACUCACUCAAGGGUCUAUCAGAAGGUCAUUUAUCAUAAAAUUCCUAUUUCUGAGGUAAAUGACCGAGUCUGGACGUUAUUAGGGCUCUAUUAUGUUGGAAAAUUACCUCCAAGUUUCGAAAAAGUGAAAAGUUCCUAGUUUCGCUCUCAAACCAACUACAUACUUGUAUGACGCGCUACACCGUAUCUACAAUAGAUCCAAAUUACUGUAGAUAUUUACGGCUACAGUACACCGGUCCCCCGAACCGUACCCUCAUCACCAUACACUAUGAAAAACUGCUGAAAUGAAAGCGAUGCCGCUGGCGGUACAGUAAUGUCAAUUGACGACAUCGCAAAAGUGCUGCAUUUUAGUCGCGCCGUUCUUGCAUUUUCCUUGGCGCGAACUCGCAUUUUUGGGGUUGCCUCAAGAAAGUUGUGAGUCCGUCGCGGCAUGAAAGCGGCUCCUUUGCAAGUUGUAAAUGUACCGCCACCUACAUUGCUUUUCUGUCGCGCCUGACUAAGCAACUUUGUACAGUGUAAGUCCAAACCCCGUCGAUCUGGAAUCCUGAGAUCAUUACCCAGACUUUCCUUCAGGCCUGGGCUUCGUGUUCACUCCAAUCCUAUCGAUCCUCUCAACAAGACUUAUCUCCGACAUGGCCCCUCUUUACGUCUCCGCUGCUCUUUGCCUCGCUCCGAUGUUCAUUCUACAGACUUGCAUUCCUUCAGCUUCUUAUGAAGUGACUUUUCACACCCUGUUUAUGAAAAUUCGUACUUUCUAGCACGAAAAGGAGUCUUGCUCUGUUGAUGAAGACGUCGACAAAAAGUCGGGCAAAAAGUCGUCGAUGAGCAUCGCCAACGUCGUCCGGAUUCUGAAGCGCCGUGGCGUCGUCAACAUUUUGCUGAAGAAGAACGCGCCUAUCAUGCCGACUUUCCUUAUUUUUUCUGUCCUUCAUGUUCGUUUUGUUUUCUAGGAAAUCUGAGCUUCUCGAUUUUUUUGAGUAGGAGAAAAUCUGUUGAGGUGAGUCGAAAGGCUUCUAGGACAGCUGAGUAGGAUCAAAAAUGUUUCAAAAAGACGUUGGUAAAUCUAGAAAGCUGUGAACGGAUCGAUUAGUUAUUCUAGGAUUUCAAAAAGUUUCAAAGAAGCUAAAGAUUGUUGAUAGAGCGUCAAUGAAGUGAAAAAACCGUCUAGGGAGGCCUGUAUAAAUGAAUUUCCAAAAGAACUUAGGUUAUGGGGAAAAUGUAUAGUAGUCCUAAUUGAACCAAUUUUCUUUCAUAAGAACCUCAAAUAACUUCGAUUUAUGUUCUCACAAGACAUAUCCAGGAAAGCUGAAAAUCCCUUAAAAACGCUUUGAAGCUGAAACUCUGAAGAAACGUGUUUGAACCUUUAGUACUCCCAAAAAAUUAAGAAGUCAGCCAACAUCUAAGAUCUUCUAAAACUUUCAAAGAUUUCUUGAAUAAUAAAUUUUUUUGCUUCUUGACACUUUCAAUCUCUACCUGAUUCUAUGAGACUAUCCUUUUAUCCAAAAAAGUUUUUUCAGCUCUACAUGAUCGACAAAUUUGGCACCACUAACGAGCAGAACCAAAUCAUUCAAUUAUUCAUAGGUUUUCCUCGAUUACUUUCUGUCUAUUCAAUUUUUGAUUCAAGGCAUCUUCAUAAUGUUCUCCAACGGGUUCGGAGUGAUUUGGCUUCGGAAAAAGUUUGACGAGCAGACGCUUUUGUUCAUUGGCUACAUUUUCUUUGUGAGUUACUUGAAGUACUUCAAAAAAAAAGAUGAAUUCAGACGGUUGGAUUUUUAAUGUUCGCAUUUUUCGUCAACACUUGGUCGGUUCUCUAUAUAAUGCCUUUUCUUUCGUUGGGAAUGAGUCUGGUCGCAACUGUGGCCGACAGUUUGCUGACGUCACUAGUGGAAGAAGAUGAGCAGGUGGGAAUGGACUUUUUAUGAUAUUUUAUGCUUUCUCGUCAUAAUCUUCAAGAAUUUUUAUGGGCAAACGGGAACUUAACAACUCAGGGACGCCAGAGUGGUCCCUAUAGGGGUCGGGGGGAACAGCUUAUGGGGUGGACAUUGUGUGGUACCUCUAGGGGCUUUGGGUCUGACCCCAGAGCCUCUAAAGCCCGAGUGAUCUCUAUAGGGUCUUCAAUUUUUGUUCAGGUUUAAAAAAGACAAUUUCGAUUAAUUUAUUUUCUGUUGAUAUUUUACAUUAAAAAUGGCCUUUAUAGAGGAGGUAGUGGUCCCUAGAGGGAACCUUCAAAGGCCUCUGAAGUUGCCCCAAUAGGGAUCAAUCUGCACUUCAUGAGAAGCUUUCAAUUGUUUGGAAUAAUGCGUCGCGGCACGACCCCACGCCCAUUUUUAUUAUUUUUCUUGAAAAUCAGAAAAAAAUGACCUUUUUUCCAGGGCCUGGCCCUCGGCACGGCGACCUCCAUCAACUCCUUCGUCAGAACCAUCGCUCCAAUGUUCGCCGGAGCACUUCUGCAAUACUACGGCUUCAAUAUUUUGCCCUUUUUCGGCUUUGUCGGAAGUUUGAGUGGUCUGGCACUCAUUAGGUUUUUCACCUCUAGAUGAUUCUUUAUUGAAAAAAUCGAAAAGUGAAUAGGUUUUCCAUGUAUCUAGUUAUUUUCCUAUUGUUAUUCCACCGUUGUGAAAAAAAUCUCCCGGGUUCCUCUCGUAUUUUUCCCAGUAGCAUUCAUGUAAAAGCUCUCAUUUUUUUCUGUCCUACAGGGUAUUCGAUGCCAAAUAAAUACUUUUUUUAUUCAAUUUUUUUGUGUUUAUUUAAUCAAAAUAAAAAAAUGUUUAAAUUUGUCCGUUCAAAAAAAGCAAGGAUUUUUUUACCUCAUUUGAAAUUUUUUUGCGGGUUGAAGGAUAUAAAACACUUAUUUCAAUAAUAAUAAAAAAACUGUUUUUUUCCGCGAAUUGAAAAAAAUAGAGAUUAAAACGCGCGAAAUUGAAAAAUUUUUUUAGCGUAAUUCUUAUCCUUUUUCCGAUAUCUUAUUCUUGGAAGAGGCCAUAGAAAGUGUAAAUUUAGUUUUUUUAAGAUUUAUUUUUGAAAAAAAGAAGUGUGCAAUUUUGCGCGUGUGUGCCGCAUGACACUUGAUGAAAAAUUUUUGUUUUUAUUCGUUUUCACAAUUUUUAUCGAAUUAAUUGGUUUUCUCUUAACUCAAAAUUCUCAAUGUUUGAAGAAGAGAUCAAAUGUUCAGGAGGAGGGACAAAAAAGCGUUCCACCGAAAUUUGUGACCUUCAAAUUCGGGUCCUUCGACUUCCCGUCUUUUCUUUUUUUGCUUUUUUGAAUUUUUGUUGCUACGUGUUUGAGCUUACUCAUAAUGAUUUCAAAAAUAGGAAUAGUUCUCAGAUACCAUGGACAAGAGGUUUCAAAAAUUAUGAAGCCCAAGUUGGAGAAGUAAAAUCUUCCAGCUUCUUUUUUUUCUUUGAAACUUUUGAUGGCUGAUUUUUUUUCAACGUUUAAAUUUAUAAAGUCCCUUUUCUUAUGUUCGAAGCUAAUUCAUAACAAUUUCUAGCGAUACAAAUUAUUUUGUGAUUCGGAUCAAAUUACAGAUUGUCACGUAGUUCUCUAUUCGAUAUCAGUACAAAACAAGGCAUUUUGACGCCAGUCACAAAAUGGCUAGGCUGUUAUCUCGACACCUUGACAACUAUUUACUGGAGUUUUGAGCACUUUUCUCCGAAAAAUUUAUUUUUUCACGUUGCAUGAAUUUUCUUGAAGUUUCUAUUUUUUCCAGUUUUUCGUACUAUUCAUUGUCUUUUUUCUGGUGAAUUGCACGCAAAAAACCUAUUUUCAACUCAAAAGCUAGAGAAAAUAGAUGGUACGUCGGGAAUUUUCAGUAAAAUGGCUCCUCCACGGCUACUACUUCUUUUAAUGGCGAUUUCUACCACAUGCGCCUACAAAAUCGUCACUUUUGUCCCGAAUAUGGCCAAUAGUCAGGUAUUUACUGAAAAGAUGUGUUUUUGAAUUUCCAAAUGAACAAUUUUCAGGUUCAAUUCAACGCCCGUGUCGCUGAAACUCUGGCCAACGCCGGACAUGACGUCACGAUGUUGUUUCUUUCUUUUCAAAGUGAUUUCGACUCAUCCGACGUGAAAAUUCCUGGGAAUGUCAAAAGUGAGUUGUUUCUUCAAAAUUAGAGCUUUAAAAUUGAAAUCAGGUAUGAGAAAAGUUCAGUCCAAUGGCUAGUGAACAAAAUUUUCUUAAGUCUGUUUUUCUUGAAUUUUGAGUUAUUUUGGAUUUUCUAUGUCAAUUUUAAACUUUUUAGACAUACAUAUAUACCUUGAUAGAUUGCUCGAAAAAAAUUCUGAAUGUUCGAAAUAAUUUUUUUGAUGUUCAGUAAUUUCUUCAUAAAAAAAUAGGGUACUCAAACAUUUUUGGAAAAAAAUUCGUUUAAACCUAUUUUUUUCUAGUUUUUGAGGUUUUUUUCUGAAAAAGUAUGGAUUUUAUAUUGAAAAAAUUUUCAUGAUGAGUUUCCUCUUCUACGGCGAAAAAUCGAAGCAAAAAAUGAUUCAAAAAAAGUAAUUUCAGAACUUUUUCAGGUGUUUUCGAACGUGCAAAAUCAUAAAUUACCUAAACUCAUCAAGAAAUUCACAAAACUUUCCGAUGCUUCUUAAAAAUCAAGUGCGAUUUUGCUUUUAGAGCACGAAAUCAAAGCCUUCGUACCCUAUCAUAGCAAAGUACGUCUAGAGGAACAGCAGGCUGAGCUUAUUUUCCAGGUCAGAUUAUAAAAAAAAAUUCAUUACCGGAAAAACUGACAAAAACAUUUUUAGGAGAGCUCUUUCGACGUGAAACUGGUGGAUAUAAUGAAGAACAUGACGGCUAGUAUGAGUGCCGGUUGUAGAUGUGAGAGGAAAAUCGAUAGUUUAGAGGAUGAUUACUAAUUUUAGUGCUUCUUCGAAACAAAGAAUUCCUCAAUUGGUUGGAGGCGGAAAAGUUCGACGUCGCCUUCGCGCACAUCUACAAUUCCUGUCCCAUUGGCUUGAUCCACAACGCCAAAAUUCCUUCUUGGGUCUGGUUGAACAGGUAUAGCUCAUUCAGAAACGAGCUUGGAUUUUAAGGUUUUUGCAGCUUUUUAGCUCUCAGUUUACAGUAAGUCUUCUUAACGGAAAUAAGGUCACCAUAGGGGUUUUUUUCGCUGCCUAAUCAGUUCUUGAUAUUUGUCACAGAGGAUUUAAAAAAGGGUCCUGACACGAUUUAAAAAAAAGAGACAGUGCCUUAUUGGUGGAGAGCGCAGGCAGGCCACGCCCCUUUUCGUUUGCCGUAAAUAUGAAAAAAGUUAUGGGAUCUCAAAAUUUAUAAAAAAAACAGUCUCCGAAUAAGCUGAAUCAUCACAAAUAGAUUUUUUUUUUUGUAUUUCUGUGUCAAAAUUUUUUUCUUUAAGCUUCUCAAGGCGUUCCAGCAAAACUGGUAUUUUUGCGGGCUCUUACGAUUUUGAGCAAUUUUUAAAAAAAUUUUUGAGCGUCUUUUCUUGCUUUUUUGAGACUCCUAUGACAAUUUUUGAGCUUAUAUUCUUUUUCAAAUUAGUCAAUAAUACUUCUAAUGACGGCCAACGAUGAAUUUGGUACACUCAAAAAUAUUCUUUCAGCGGAGCCUUGAUGGACUUUGUGGCCGAUCUCGUCGGCGUUCCAAUCAUUCCUAGCUAUACUCCUCGUUAGUUUAUUUUAUUCUAAAUAUGUGAGAGGCUGAAUUUCUACAUUUUCACGGCUUCUUUUUAAUUUAAACAUAUAUAUCUGCACUGAAUAUGAAAUGAAAAAAAGUGAUAUUUUUCUAGAAUUUUUUUCGAAAUCUCUCUGACAACAUGGGCAAAGUCGAAAAAGGUGGAAAAAGGGUCCAUAGAAGAGUUCCUUUUAGGCUCCUUUUCGCUGCCUUUUUGCGCCAUUUCAUCGGCUAUUAUGUACCAUUUUUGCUGCCUUUCCCUUUUUGCACAAUUUCUUAACCCUUUCAAAUCCCAGGAAAAAUGGAAAGCUCCAUAAAAGGAAUCUUUUUGUUGCCUUUUUCGAGCCUCUUCCUUUUAGCGGCCAUCGACUUUGCCCGAGUAGAAACUUGAUUUUAGCAAUCAUGAUGGAAUCGACGGACACCAUGACGUUCUUCGAAAGAAUGAAAAGUUUCAUCGGACAUGCUCUGACGAAAAUCCUCUACCCUUACUUCACCAUCUCAGAGGAAACUCAGAUUUUCCGCGACGAGAUCGAUCCCAAUUUCCCACACCUUCUAGAAAUCGCCUCCAAGUGUCCUUUGGUAGGAAAUAACCCAAAAAAAAACCGUAUCUCCGAACUUAAGGUCGUAGUAAAUACCAAUGAAAUCUAUGAUAACCCGCGGCCAACCCUGGACAAAGUCGUCAAUAUUGGAGGCCUUGGAGUCGGAUUUGGCGACGCCAAGCCUUUGACUGGGGUUUUUCCAACUCUUUCUACAAAAAUAGAGUAGAAAAUUGCCAGGAGUUCAAAGAAAUCGCCGAAAAAGCCGAAGGAAUGGUCGUUUUCUCGUUUGGCUCAGUGGCGGCGGCUCACAAAAUGCCUGAAGAAUGGAAAGAAGCCUUCCUGGAAGCUUUCAAGUUGGUAAAAUCUUGAGAAAUUCUAUGAAAUCGUUGAAUAUAGGGAGUUCCCGAAAUACCACUUCUUGUUGCGGUACGUCGAAGAUGAUCUUAAAGGUGAUGAUAAAAUUAAAAAAUCUCUUAUUGAGUUAUUUUUAGACCGACUUCCACCCAAUGUUCACACCUUCAAGUGGCUUCCCCAGAAGGAUCUUCUCCUUCACAAGAAAACCAAGGCUUUGAUCACCCAUGGAGGAUAUAACAGUCUUCAGGUUUCGAAAAAAAAGAUAACUGAUAUAAGUUUCAUCUUAAGGAAGCGAUUUCCGCCGGAGUGCCCCUUUUCACUAUUCCCCUCUUCGGUGAUCAGCACAAAAACGCCAUGAUGGCCAAAAAACACGGUAUGAACCAUGGAAAAAUAGUUUUUGAAGUCCGGAGGCUUUUAGGAUCAUGUUAGGAUAUUAGGAUUGAAAAAUAACUUACAGAGAGUAUGAAAAUAGUUUAUAAACAGUAAAAAAAUUCAGAGAAGAAUAAGUCGUCUUCAUGAAAAAUUACAGAAAAACGGAAAAAUCUUCCUGAAAUUAGACUGCUCAACAUAAUUAUAUGUUAUCACUUCUGAUUUUUUUGAAAAAAAUUGAAGUUUUUCGAAGAUGAGAAAAAUUAAUUUUUAUCGUCAGAAAAAAAUGUGUUCUCAAAAUUUCAAUUUUUUUCAAAAAAACAGAAUUUUUUUCGUUCCAUAACUAUAUAUCCAUUUUUGAAGUUCGUGGAUCAUUCUCCCGGUUUUUUUGAAUCCUUUCCUACUUGCUUAUCAUCUUUCAAAUAAAUGAAGAAAUCAUAUAAUAACAUGAAUAAGAGAAGUAAGGUCAUUUUCUUCAGGAUUCGCCGUGUCAGUCAAAAAAGAUACGCUUCGUAAGGAAUCAAUCGUUGAAGCUCUCAAGAAACUUCUUGAAGAUGACAGGUAGAAAAUGAAAAAAGAAAUGGAACCAUGAAGAAAUUGUUCAGUUACUCCCGGAACGUCAAAAGAUUGUCAGCCAUGACAAGAAGCAAACCCAUUCCCCCAGCGACUUUGUUGGUCCGUUGGACCGAGUUUUCUGGCCGAGUUCAAGACCCUCGACAACUUGGUACAUCUUAAUCGAAAUAAAAUACUUAUUGAAUAUGAAAAAUUGCAGGUACCUGCCGGGCAGAAGCUCAACUUUUUCCAGUACCAUUCACUCGACGUCAUGGCCUUUUUAUUGGCCGCAAUUCUUCUAAUUUUCUUCAUUUUGUACAAAGUUGUCAAAUUUGUCGCUUGUUUCGUUAUUCGGAAGGUUAG